AUGAGUGUUAGAUCAUUAAGACAUUCACAAAAUAGUGCAAGGAAAAACAAAACUGAACCUGACAAGCUUAGCAAAUUCUAUUAAAAUGAUAUGAGAGGUACUUAAAAAUUAAAUGUUACUUAAGGUCCAUUCAAAUAUGAACCUCUUUAAAAUAUUGCACAUCCAAUAUAACCUGAAGAUGAUAUUUCAAUUAAAGAUCCAACAUUAAAAACAGUUGAUAAAUCAAGGAUUUCUUAAUCAUUUUUUCAAAAUAACUCUCCAUAACUAAGUUUUAGAUCAAAGACUUAUAAAAGUGAACCAGAGGAGAGUCCAUUUGUUUUAAGUUUUCCACCUAAAUAAUAAGAGAAUAUACGUAGAAGAACUAAGAGCAGAUAAAUAUUUAACUUUGUAGAGAGAUUAAGAAGAAAGUUUAGAAUAGAUAAUAUGGCUAAGAAAUUUUAAUACUUAUAUGAUUAAGAAAACAAUUUCAUAGAUUAUAGUUGUAAUGAUAAUAUAAUAUAAAGAGGGACCUUAUUGCCAUCUUCUAGAAUAUUGUAAUGUUGGAAUGUUACGUUCUUUAUUUUAUUGCAUGUGAUACUGGUUUUUAUUCCUUUGUCAACAGCUUUGGAAAUGUAGGAUAUUAAUUAUAUCUGUGUGGGAUUCAAAUUAAUAGAUGUUGGAAUAUAAUUAUGUAGUUCGUUCACUUAGAAUGGUUUAUUGAUAACAAAUUUCAAAUAAAUAUCGCUUAGAUACUAUAAAUAGUUUUUGUGUUAUGAUGCAGUAUAUAUUUAUAUAUAUAUAAUAGUUUACAAUAAUAGGAUUUAUAUUUUUGAAUACAUUGCCAUAAACAAUUAAAUUCUAUGUACUUACAUUAAUACUUGUAAGUUAAAUUAGAAGGUAUUAUGAGAUAGAAAUAUUUUUAAAAUUGUAAGUAAAUAAUAUAUUAUUUAGUGAAUAUAAUUUAUUCUCUCCUCAUUUAUAGAUUAUUAAUAGUCUUAUUAAGAUAAUCUUACUUAUUCAUAUCAUAACUUGUUAUUAAUAUGGAUUAUUUUAUCAUAGUAAUAUAUUAUUUGAUUCAUAUAUGUCUACUUUUAGUAUAGUGAUUUCUAUUUAUACAUUUAAUUCAAAUUACACACCUAUUGAUUAGAAUGAAAUGAUAUUUUACAGUUGUGUUGCAUUUAGUUCAAUCCUUAGUUUUGCAUUUUUAUUAACUUAAUGUUUAUAUCUAUUUAAAAAUGCAAGAUUUGCUACUUAACUUAGUGAAUUUUUGGCUAUUAAUAAAUUAGAUUCAAAUUUGAAAUGCAAAAUCAUUAAUCACAUAUUAAAUCAACCUAAAUUUUAUCAUAAUUAAUUUGUAUCCAAAUUAUCAGGUUAAUUAUUAUAAGAAUUUAAUACAAUUUAAAGAUUUUAAUUACUUACUAAAUAUUUUAAAUAUUAUAAUCAACAUACUAUAUAAACUUUAAUUAAUUUUAGUGAAGAUUUUAUAUGUCAACCUAAUUAAAUUAUAGUAACAGAAUCAGAAUAUGAUGAUUGUUCGUUGUACUUUAUAGUCGAAGGCAAUUUUAAAAUUGUCAACAAGAUGGGAGUCUAACUCUAAAUUUUGGGAGUAAUAUAGUAAAUAAUUUUAUCAGCCAGAAUAAACGUUUGGUGAAAUCUCAUUUUAUACUCAAUUGCCUAGAUCUGCUACCGUUGUAAGUGAAGGAGUCUGUAGGUUGUUGAGAAUAAGAAGAGAUGUCUUUCUAAAAUUAUUAACAUUUAGUGAUAAAGUAAUUAAUAGAUUUAUUAUAAUUUAUAGUAAUAUUUCUAUAGUAUGAAAGACAGAAUUCUUAUACAUAAAGAUUUACCAUGUUAAUGUUUUUGUUGUUCUUCUUAUGAUCAUUUAAUUACUAAAUGUCCUAUGUUAACUUUUAGACCAGACAGAGAAAAAGUUAUAAAAUCUUUAAUAUAUCCUAGAAGAAAUAUGAGAUAAGAAUGUAUGAAUAUACUAAAAAUUAUUAAGAUAAAAGAAGAAUGGGAAAGGAUACAAAAGCAUAUGAAUUUGUUAAAGAUGCUGAAGCAAAUCAAGAUUAUUUGUUAUAAUUAUUUUCUGAUAAUCAUUUUCAAUCCUCAAAUUAAUUUAGUCAAUCUAAUCUACCAUAUGAUGAUGUUUAUAUUAAAGAUAGUUAUGCAUCUGCUUAAAGUUUUAGUAGAGUAAGUAGAGAAAAAUCAUUAUUGAAAAGUACAUCAUUAUUGAAAGAGAAAUCAAUACAUGAUUAAUAAUAAUCUAUAAUGAAUGAUGUGUAAAAUAUAUCAAUUAUCAUUUUUAUAGUAGUUAUUUAGAUACAACUGAUAAAUAAUAUAUAUAACAUUAAGGAGAAAUGGAUGAUGAAAAAUUUAUCAGUCUAGUAAGGAAGGAUUAAUAGAAAAAUACUUUUGCAACUGCUGGAUUUGGAAAUGCAGGAUAAUAAUCAAUUAAAGAUUAAAAAUCAUUAAAUAUUAUUGUAGAAAAUGAAAGUUCAGAAAAUUCUCCAUCUUUAGAAAAUGCUUUGGAUUUAACUAAUUAAUUAUAAAGAAAUAAAGAUCCAAAAUUAACAUUCAAUUAUAAUUUUGAUAAUCAAAUGAAUGAUUUAUAGAACAAGUAUUAACAAUAUUAAAGAAAUGCAACUGAAUCUAAUCAUUCAAUGGUGAGAUAAGAAAAUCGACAACCUUCUAUUCGAUAGAAUUCUUCAAGAUCUUAAACUUAUAGUCCUAUAACAUCUAAUAAUAUUACAGCCAAUUCAUAUAGAUCUUAAAUGAAAUAAAAUGAUAAUACCUAAUCAGCCUCAGGUCUUCAUAGAAGGUUUCUAUUAAUUAUUCAAAUAUUUUAGAUCAAUAUCAGGAGUUAUUAGAUAAUAUACUGACAGUCCAGAAAUCUAAAGUAAAAGAGGAACCAAUAGAAAAAAAUCAACUAAAACAGGAACUAAGAUCUCGAUAGCUCAUUCACAAUUUUAACCAUUCAGUGGAUUCGAUGUAUAUUUAAAAUAACUUAUAAUAAUAUAGAAUCCAAUUGGAUUUAGUCUAGGAGACAAUGAUUUUGAAAAGCUAUACUUAUUUGAAAUCUAUCUGCCUUAUAAUAAUUAUGAUGUUGUUAUUUAUAAGUAAAUAUUAUAUUUUAAUUUAAUUUAGAUUCAAUUAAUUUAAUAGAAAUAAACAAUUAAAAAGAUUAUCUAGAUAUUUCUUUUCAUUUAAAUUAGCAUAAUAGAUAUAAAAAUUAAAAGCUAAGUAAUUAUUAUUAAAUAAUUAUUUAAGAUAACACAAUACCUUAUAGAAUUGA